CGCCACACGAGAGCCAGUGGGUUUGCGGGGGAGGUUGCGCGGUGCGAAGGAGCGGCGGUCUUCGCUGGGCUUUUCGAAGGCGGUCGUGCGUGCUCCGCCAUAUCCCAGAAGGUCGCGCGCUUGUUCGUCUGCACUACUACUCGUGCCACAUCUCUUGACCAGCAAGCCGACCAUGGCUCCCGCCAAUGACAUCGUGAGCAACUACAGCACUCUUCAGAAGGCUCGUCUUCAAUACGAGACUGUGUUGCCUGCAGUUUUGGAGCGAUCGUUCAAGAUCAGCUAUGGCGGUCCCACGACCAGCGCUGCGAACUCUGAUGACAUCGCCGCUCUGUUCAAGAGCAUGUACGGGCAGCCGACUGCCAUCGUGGAGCCGUCGGAGUCGAGCACCUUGAGCUCGGCGCCAUUGAAGGUGGGUGUGGUUCUGUCUGGAGGCCAGGCGGCCGGCGGUCACAACGUGAUUGCUGGAAUCUUCGACUACCUUGAGAAAAACGUGCCCGGCAGCACGUUGUACGGCUUCUUGGGCGGUCCCGGUGGCAUCAUGAAGGGCAAGUAUGCGGUUAUUACUGCCGAUUUUCUCUACCCCUAUCGCAACCAGGGCGGGUUCGACAUCAUCCGCAGCGGGCGUGACAAGAUCGAGAGCGACGAGCAGAUGAAGAUGGCCAAGUCGACGGUGGAGAGCCUGGAUCUGGACGGUCUGGUCGUCAUCGGCGGUGACGAUUCCAACACCAAUGCCUGUGUGCUGGCGGAGUACUUCAAGAACGAGGGGCUGAAGACGAGGGKGAUCGGGUGCCCGAAGACCAUCGACGGCGAUCUGAAGUCCAAGGAGGUGCCCGUUAGUUUCGGUUUCGACACUGCGUGCAAGAUCUUCUCGGAGUUGAUUGGCAACGUCAUGAUCGACUCGAAGUCGGCGGCCAAGUACUAUCACUUCGUCAGACUCAUGGGCCGCGCCGCGUCCCAUGUGACUCUGGAAUGCGCUCUCCAAACCCAUCCUAACAUCACUCUCGUGGGAGAAGAGGUUGCCGCGAAGAAGAUGACCCUGAAAGAAGUGAAGGACUACGUGUUGGACGUGGUGGUCAAGAGAGCGGCGGAGGGGAGAAACUACGGAGUGGUGCUGAUUCCCGAGGGCCUGAUCGACUUCGUUCCGGAGAUCAGCGUCCUGAUCGCCGAGUUGAAUGACAUUCUCGCGAAGACCACCGUCGACAAGGAGGGAGAGUGGAAGAAGGACCUGACGGCGGCGUCGAGGAGCGUGUUCGACAUCCUUCCGCCCACGAUCCAAGAGCAGUUGCUGCUCGAGCGGGACCCUCACGGCAAUGUCCAGGUGUCGAAGAUUGAGAUGGAGAAGAUGCUGAUGGAGAUGGUCGCGGCCGACCUUAAGGUGAAGAAAGCCGAGGGCACGUUCAAAGGCAGCUUCAAUUGCCAGAACCACUUCUUUGGGUACGAAGGCCGGUGCGGACUGCCUUCCAACUUCGAUGCCAACUACACGUACGCUCUGGGGUACACGGCGGGAGCCCUUCUUCAAUCUGGAUUGACGGGUUACAUGGCCUCCGUGAACAACCUGACGGCGCCGACGAAGGAGUGGACCGCAGGAGGCACGCCGCUCACGAGCCUCAUGCAAGUGGAGAGGAGAAAGGGGAAGAACAAGCCCGUCAUCAGAAAGGCCCUCGUCGAGCUCGAUGGCGCGCCCUUCACCGCUUUCGCCGCCGUGCGCGACGACUGGGCCAUCAACGACCGGUUCAGGAACCCCGGUCCCAUCCAAUUCGAGGGCCCGGCAGCCAACGAGUCGAACUUCACGCUGCUGUUGGAGCAGGGUGUUUUGUCCGCUAUCAACUAAGCGAUCGUCUACGGUUCAGCGAAGGAGGACGUUGAUUAUAUAGAACGUACAGUCAACGGCAUCCUAGUGAAUGUGGUGGGGAAGCAAGAGCGAAUGCGCACGUGCGCGCAAGAGGAAGAGAGAAUUAGAGGAUAGACAAUAGACAUAGAUAGAAAGACGGCACGUCAGUAAUGCGCCCUUUGCCGUGUCAGUGUGUGUGAGAGGGAGAAAGAAGUAGAGAGAUCGUCUGUUAGACGUAUUCUUAGCGGAUAGAACAUCAUAAGUUGGAGAGAGUUUGUACGGGUUAAAUAAAGGAGACAAGGUUCAUUGUGACUCUGUGGCAUUGGAUCUUUUGUGUUUUUCCUGUCGUUUGCCUGGAAGGCUGCUCUCAAUCCUGUCGCUUGUAUCCGACAGCAAGAAGAAAGAAGACGGAGGAGGAAAAAGAAAAAAAGUACUUCAGUGAUCAGUCUUGAGUCUUUUGUUUUUGUCAGGCGAGUAUGGAGUUGCGCGGACUAUGUGACAAAAGUUUUUCAAUCAUCAUGAACGACUUGUGCAUCUCGAUCCAUAUCUCUCCGAGCUCUCCUCUCUCACGCCGUGCCAGAUUGAAUCAGAUAGAGAUGCUUGGUUAUGCUCACACUACCGCGUCUUCUGCCGAAUAGGACGUACGUACGGUCGUUCUAUUCGCCGUGCCAGAUUUGGGGCAAGUUCCAUUCUAGAUACGGCGAUAACGACUGUACGUUCUAUUCGGAGGAAGACGGUCGGACUUCAACGACGGAAUGUGGCUAUUAAAACGGUCCCAUACGACCCUACUAUCCUCAGACAUGACGCUGUGUCUUUUUGUUUUCCUGUUUCUUCUUCGGCCUUGCUCUGCCUUGUAGGUUUCCAUUUUCUCGGUAGAUGCUUAACGCUUGGGAUGAGAGAAUGCACAGUUGUGAUUUGGAUCUGAUUUCGAAAUUCGACUUGUGUUCAGUGUGGAUUGUCACACUGUCUAAAGGCGAGAGCUCA